CAACGAGAAUGCCAGAAGGUCCUUCGAGUGUGGGUGCGCUGCUUGUGUCCGGGAGGCAGUGUGAGCUGUCAUUAGUAUUACCCAGAACCCGUGAGGACUGCGUUUCCGUUUAAUUUAAAAUUAUUAAACUUAUUUAAGCCAUUAAAACAAACUCAAGAUGUUCGAAGAAGCCAGCGAGGUGUUUGAGAACAUGUUUAAGUCUUCUUUUCCGCUGACGUUCAUUGUAUUUCUACCAGCGGUGCUCAUUCUCGUCUCUCCGCUACCAGCAGAAGCGGCGCACGAAUUUACGGUGUACCGCAUGCAGCAAUAUGACCUGCAGGGUCAACCCUAUGGUACCCGGAACGCUAUAUUAAACACGGAGGCACGAACAGUAGAGGCAGAGGUGCUAAGUCGCCGUUGUGUCAUUAUGCGACUCCUGGAUUUCUCGUACGAGAAGUACCAGAAAGCUCUCCGCCAGUCUGCCGGAGCUGUGGUCAUUGUCCUCCCGCAGAACAUGUCCACCAUGCCGCAGGACAUUGUGCAGCAGUUUAUGGAGUUGGAACCAGAGCUCCUGGCGACUGAGACAAUUGUCCCAGUGUACUUUGCCCUGGAGGAUGAUGAACUGCUGUCCAUAUACAAGCAGACCCACACCUCAUCGUCCUCUCAGACGUCUGCGUCUGCUGCAGAGGUGUUACUGCACACGGCCACUGCCAACGGCUUUCAGAUGGUGACGAGUGGCGCACAGAGCAAAGCAGUGAGCGACUGGGCAAUCACCAGCAUAGAGGGAAGACUCGCAGGGGAGGGAGGGGAAGACCUUCCAACCAUCGUCCUGGUUGCUCAUUACGACUCCUUCGGUGUGGCACCGUGGCUGUCGUACGGGGCGGACUCUAACGGCAGUGGAGUGUCAGUGUUGCUGGAGCUGGCCCGCCUCUUCUCCAGACUCUACAGCUACAAAAGGACGCGAGCGGGUUACAACUUGCUGUUCUUUGUCUCUGGGGGUGGAAAGUUCAACUAUCAGGGAACCAAGCGAUGGCUAGAGGACAAUCUGGACCAUACAGACUCCAGUCUGCUCCAGGACAACGUGGCCUUCGUGCUGUGCCUGGACACCUUGGGCAGCGGGGACAGCCUGCACCUGCACGUGUCCAAACCGCCGAAGGAGGGCAGCCCCCAGCAUGCACUGCUCCGGGAGCUGGAGACGGUGGUGUCGGGACAGUACCCGGGCGUCAAGUUCUCCAUGGUGCACAAGAAGAUCAACCUGGCGGACGACACGCUGGCGUGGGAGCACGAGCGCUUCGGCAUCCGCAGACUCCCCGCCUUCACCCUGUCGCACCUGGACAGCCACCGCGCCGCGCUGAGGAGCAGCAUCAUGGACGUGCGGCCCCACGUGGAGAUGAGGAAACUCAGUCGCAACACUAAGAUCAUCGCAGAGGCACUCGCCAGAGUGGUCUACAACCUCACAGAGAAGGGUGCCCCCUCAGACCUGCAGAUCUUCACCGACCAAAUGCAGGUGCAGGAGGACCAGCUGUCCUCCCUGGUGGACUGGCUCACCGCCCAGCCGCGCGCCGCCCAGCUGGUGGACAAGGACAGCAGCGUGGUCAGCACGCUGGAGUACCACCUGGGCCGUUACCUGAAGGACGUACGGAAGCACUACGUCAAGGCCGACAAGAGGGACCCAGAAUUUGUGUUUUAUGAUCAGCUCAAACAGACCAUGAAUGCCUACAGGGUGAAGCCAGCCAUCUUUGACCUUCUCCUGGCAGUGUGCAUAGCAGCCUACCUGGGGGUGUUGUACCUGGCUGUACAGCACUUUGGGAUGCUCUAUGGCGUCCUGCGCAGAGCGGCCCAGCCCAAAUCCAAGCAGCACUGACGGGACCCCCCCCCUUCAGCGCUCCACCUCCUCGCCCCCCCCACGCUUGGCUCCUGUUCUCCUCUCGCGCAUCAAACACACAUCAGGAACGGACAGACCAAGCAGCCAUGUUGUUUUUUGUUUGUUUUCUUUUUUCCAUUCGUUUCUUACUUUCACCAUUGAAAACUUGUGAUGUUUUUUUUUUUUGUUCCUUUGGAAAAGUGGCCCUGUGGUUUGGAGUGCCAAGUUCCCCAUCCUUGAUUUCUCACUGGCUGUGAGGCUGGCUUCAGGUCACACACACACACACACACACACACACACACACACACACACACACAGCCUUUUAAGUCUUCCUUUAUGAAUGAGGACAGCCUCUCCCCAGCACCUCACGGUUUACUCACACUUUACACCCACCCCCUUCUCCUAACACUGCUCACACUUUACUCUUGCUACUCUGCUAUCCGUGCUCCUAACACUGCCUACUCACACUUUACCCCAACCUCUGCUCCUUACAGCCUACUCACACUUUACACUUACUACUGUGAUAUCCCUGCUAACAUAUUCUACUCACUACAGAGCUAUCCCUGCCAACAUGGUCUACUCACACUUUACUGCUGAUCCUAUCCCCCCACGCUGCCCUCUGUUUCUCUCUGCUUGUCUUCUCUAAUCCCUGCCCGUCAACAGCAGGCUUUUUUGGGCAGCUAUGACAAGCCAAGGACAACUACACACAAACAAAAUGGUACGGUUUGUCCCGAUUGUGCACAUUUGUUUCAGGUGAAUGUGGGCAGAAUGUCAGUUCCUCACAGCUAAACAGAUUUACUGAUGUGCUUUUUUUUAAAUCGUAUGCAGACUACAUUUUGUGUUGUAGACCUCCACCCCUACCCUCCCCCCCCCCCCCCCCAUUUGAAAGUGUUUGCCGAUUGGAUGAUUCACUUCAUGUUUCUUCCAUGUAGAACAAGCGUGUUCAUUUCUGUUAUUUUCUGUGAUUUUGGUACUUAGCAGGUGAGCUAAUUACCCAACCGGCAGACUUGUUCGUGUCAAACUCUGGCCUUUUAAUGUGACCCUGUGACCAGUUGUGCAAGUCGUCCAAUCAGCAGAAGUGUCAGUCGCUCCUGUGGGAGUGGCCAUCUGUUGACAGACACUCAGUCACACCCGUUAUUUUCCUCAGUGGGAUUUUGAGGUCUUGAAAGCGCUGUGUAUGAAUUCCGCUAAUAACAAAUGGCUAGAUUAAUUGUUGAAAAAUCAUAGUUAAAUGUCACAAAUUAUUUUUAGACACUUAUUAAAAAAUCAUCUUCUCUUCUGACCUGAAGAAUGGCCUUGAGUGAACACAUUUAUGCCACAUUAAAAAUACAUACGUGCAUGAAAAAUACAUGCAUCUAGAAUUAAAACCCAUACAUCAGUCUGGCCCCUUUCUGCUACGGUUCCCAUGCUUUAGCACGCUGUGAUCCUUCAUUUAUCACUGUGCUUUGGCCCAGUGCAACGGUUGCCUUCAUAAUGCCAGAAAUGAAAGUUGAUUUGUACCCCCCCCCCCCCCCCCAACUCAUUUCAAUUAUUCACCAUCCAUUUUGGUUUUUUUUUUACCAAUGUUUUUGGCACUUCGUAAGAAAAAGAAAAUUAAAAAAAAAUAAUAACUUCAUGAAUUCAUAUUUUUGGGGUAAAGAAUGUUGAACAAUUGGAAUCCUGAGGGAUAAGUGCUACUAACAGAUGUAUGGGUAUUUCUACAAAUGUGUGCUGAUUUGAAAGUAGCAAUUAAAAGUGAGCAGGAGACAAUAAUUCGACCCCAGAAAAACUUUGUCAUCGUUUACCAUCGAUAUUGGUGAAGUGCGUGCAGUGACCUCAUAAACUCUGUCAUUCACUUUGUGUUCGUCUCAGCCUGGAUUGACUUGGCAUGUGAUCAAACUGCAUGUGAAAUCUUGGGAAGUUCUCUCUCCACUUUUGAUGAAAUAUUGAGGUUUUUAACCUGGUGGGAAAAAAUACCUUCUGUGGAAUAUGGCCUGUAGAGGGAGUCUAGAAACGCAGCGGUGUGUGUGUUCUGCUCAUUUGUGGCCCACUGCUUUCUCCACCUUCGUGAUUUUCACAGCUUACACGGGAGGCAGGGAGAGACGUCGGUCGUUGGUUCGGUUAUUCAUAGCUUAAGGAGCGAUGCUAGGUGCGUGUUCUCUUUAGCCUUUGAUGCGUGUCUACUGUGGAGAGACGGGGGGGCAGGGCUUGUGCAUCAAUGCAAGGGACAUCCUGUGAGGUACAUAUCCUGGAAUUUUAAUUUAUUGAAGCAGAGAAUGCUGAACUGUGCACUGAAUUAAAUCCUUUCCUUGGUUUUUCUUACGUUGAUUUGGUGUUCUGUUCAACUUGCGUUCAUGUCUGAACUGUUGUACCUGAAUCCUGCGACUUAAUUCUUGCAACUGAAAUAAGACCAAAAUAAAUACAGUUGUUGAUUUGUUGACAUA